AUGUCCGGCCUUCGCCAGCUGAUCCUCUCGGCCUUCUUCCUGGUGAUGGCCUUCCUCUUCUUGAUUCUGGGCUGCACCGUCGUGAAGAAACGAAAUGCGUGGCCGUUGAUGAGCCUUGCGCUCUACUGCUUCCCCCCUGUCCCCUUCUUCUUGUGUGGUCGCAGCGCCGACAGCGACAACUUCAUCGACGUCGAUGACGAGCCGCUGGAUGCCUUCAGCACAGUCGGCCUCUUCAUGGGCGGUGCGGUGCUCAUAUCGGGUCCAGGGCUGGCAGUGGUGCUCUAUCACACCUCCGUAAUUUGCGGCUUGGCGCUCUUUUUCACGCUCCUCAGCGGGGCGUGCUUCAUCGCGGCGGGCGUAUCACUCGCCGUCCCCAACGGUGACGAUGGCGACGACGCUGCUGACGGGUACAACUUCUAA